AUGGAUACCUGUCCAGAUGGGAGUGAUCGGUCCUUUGGACCUAGAGUAGAUCCAGGCUGUCGAAGCCUCGAUUUUACCCUUCAGUUCGAAGACUUUUUCUUUGCCUGUUUACCAGCGGCACUGUUCAUCCUUCUUUCGACUUGGUCCUUGAUCACAUUACUUCAGAGGCAAGCAAGAUUUUCACUCUGCUCCAAGCUCCUUGCAAGCAAAUUGGCGGCACUGACUGUUCUUCUUGCUGCUUAUCUAGCACUUCUUGUUCUCCGCGUUCAAAAUCAGUCGUUUACCACUAGUGCGUCCCUUGCCGCCGAUGUCCUGUAUGUGAUUGCAACCAGCAUCGCAUUGACUUUGUCUUUCCUGGACCAUCAGCGAUCGCUCCGCCCUUCAACAAUUUUCAGCUUGUAUCUGUCAGCAUCGGUGAUUUUUGGUGCCGCCAGAACUCGGACGCUAUGGCUUAUGGGAAGUCGAAGUCCGGUACCCGUCGCUAUGACCGUGGCCCUGGCAUUUACUGUGACGACGUUACUUCUGCAAUCAACGAAGAAGAACAUAAUCUCUUCUCCACAGAAUCCAUCCUUCGCACCCGAGCAACUCAGUGGAAUCUGGAACAGGACAAUAUUCGCUUGGAUUAUACCUACGCUCCGGGCCGGAUAUGCCAGGAUCAUCUCAUUGCAUGAUCUUCCUAUCCUCGAUACUAAGCUUGAGAGUAGAUAUAUGCAAGAGAAGUUGAAUGCGACAUGGGCCAAAUAUAACUAUCGAAGCCGCUACAGCCUGCUUCGCGCCUGUUUUCGUGCCUAUUUGUUCUCUUUCAUGGGCCCCAUCAUCCCUCGGCUCUGUCUUGCUACGAUUACUUUCUCACAGCCGUUGCUUGUCAACACGACCGUGAACUUUGUGGGCCAGACGGAUCCUGAUCCAAAUUAUGGAAAGGGACUCGUCGGCGCCUGGGCCCUUGUAUAUCUAGGAAUAGCCGUUUCCAAAUCUAUAUACUGGUAUCAGAACUUUCGCUUCACCACAAGGCUGCGGGGGGGACUGAUUGCGCUGGUUUAUCAACAAAGUUUGCGAGUCAGAGCGUUCGAAUCGGGCGAAAUCACAGCGGUGGCUCUCAUGAGCACUGACGUAGAACGUCUCGUGAAUGGAAUGCUUUCAUUCCACGAGGUGUGGGCCUCAUUACUCCACAUUGCCAUCGCAGCUUGGCUUCUUGGACUGCAACUUUCUGUGGCGUGUCUGGCGCCGAUCUUACUCGUAACAGUAUUCGUGGUUGCAACCUCCAAGAUUUCGGUUGCGGCCAAAAAUGCUCAAGUGGACUGGAUCGAAAAAGUUCAAGAGCGGCUUCGAGUUACUUCGACCAUGCUCAGGGAUAUGAAGGCGGUCAAGAUGACAGGACUUUCGGGCGUAAUGUUUGACAUCAUCCAAUCCUUGCGCAUGGGCGAGAUCAAGACCUCUAGGGCUUACAGGAAGCUUCUGACUGCGAUGGUUUUUCUUUCUCUCACCCCGAUCAACCUCGCACCUGUCCUCACCUUUGCAGUGUAUACCAUCAUCGCGGUCUUCUGGAAACAUGAGUCUUUGCUGACUGCGCGAGCAUUUACUUCCAUAUCUUUGAUCACUCUGCUGACAUCUCCUGUGGUAAUUUUCAUUCAGGCGCUUCCCAAUGUCGUUCAGUGCCUUGGAAUGUUUGACCGCAUCCAGGAAUUUUGCAAUUCUACUGCAAGGGAGAGUACCAAGGAAGAGAACACUUACAUUACCGACUACCAGACCGGGUCAGACAUCAACUCCUUGACCAUGAAGUCAACAGGCACUCAGUCGACCCAGAUCUGGGGAAGGGAGCACAUCUCAUUGAGUGGGCAAAGCUUUAGUUGGCACAAGAGACAAUCUGCUAUCCUCAAGGACCUCAAUGUGAAGCUCCAUCGCGGAAGUAUUACCGCCAUUGUUGGUCCCGUAGGUAGCGGGAAAUCGUCCUUUUUGUGUAGCCUCCUCGGCGAGAUGAUCUCCAUUCCAUCAGGGAAGGAUCCGGUACGACUGAGGUUAUCGGAACCUAUUGCCUACUGCGCGCAACAGCCCUGGCUUGAGAACGGAACAAUUUGUCAAAACAUAAUCGGUGUGUCUCCUUAUGAUGAGCAAUGGUAUUCUGCCGUGAAAGCCGCUUGUGGACUCGACGUGGACACGGAGAAGCUGGAGAAGGGCGAUCAGACCUGUGUCGGAAGUGAUGGUCUCAACUUGAGUGGCGGACAGAAACAACGUGUUGCCCUAGCACGGGCAGUGUACUCUAGGCAGAACAUCGUGCUUCUUGACGAUGUGUUUAGCGGCAUGGAUGCCCACACCGCAGACCUUGUCUCCAGCCGUCUACUCGGCCGCCACGGUUUUCUUCGAAAGAACCACAUGACUGUAGUUGUCGCUACCCAUAGCCACAAGAUUAUAGCGCUUGCCGACAGCAUCAUCGUCCUUGAAGGCGGAAUCAUCACAGAGAUCGGUAGCCCUGCAAAUCUGCUCGCAAGUGAUGGGUAUAUUAAUAGGCUUGGAUUCAAGCUCUUCUCAGACGGUGAACCUGCCGAAGAAAGUCCUCAAAGUCGAGGUGUGUUGCACUCCAGUGAAUUUACGCAGGUAUCAAAAGAGGUGAGAAAAGAAACAAGAAAAGCACCUGCCGAUCUGAGACGUAAGAAUGGGGACAUUGCAGUGUACAAAUACUACCUCACUAGUGCUGGCUACGGCGCCGUCGGUUUGUACAUCGGCUUCGUCACGCUAUGGGAGUUUUGCACAAAUUUCUCCUCGAUUAUUCUCAAAUGGUGGUCUGAAGCAAACAGUGAAGAGCCGAAUCGCGAUGCAGGAAUGUGGAUGGGUCUUUACGCCAUGUUAGGGGUUCUGGGAACCCUUGGUGUUUUUGUCGCCGCGUGGGUUGCCUUCGUUUUCGUUAUAUCCAAUACGGCCGCUCGUCUUCACCUUGACCUACUUCAAUCAACAUUAAAGUCCUCUUUCCAAUUCCUGACGACCAUGGACCAUGGAGAGCUUCUAAAUCGGUUCAGUCAAGAUAUGGAACUCAUCGACAUGGAGCUGCCCAUAGUCAUGGUGAACUACACCUCCACCGCAGUAUCCUGCAUAAUCAGUCUGAUUAUACUCGCAAUUUUCUCCAAAUAUCUCGGGGUUGCCGUACCAUUUCUUGCCAUCGCCGUCUACUUUCUCCAGCGCUUCUACCUGCAAACAUCCCGUCAAGUGCGCCUUCUAAGCAUCGAGGCACGAGCACCACUAUAUUCGCAUUUCACGGAGUCUGUAGCAGGAGCUAUGACUAUCCGUGCUUUUGGAUGGGAGUCUCAGUUUGAGGAACGCUGCUACCAUCAUAUCGAUGUAUCGCAGAAGCCUGCCUAUCUGCAAAGCUGUAUCCAGCAUUGGCUUGGAUUCGUGCUUGAUGUUAUGGUAGCUGUGCUCGCCAUAGCUCUUGUCGGAACAGUCCUUACGUGGCAUGACAAAUUCAGCGCCGGAAGCGCGGGUGUCAGUCUUAUCAUGGUCAUGGGUUUCAAUGAGAUCAUAGCACGCCUCAUCCAAAACUGGACCAAGCUAGAGUCCAGCGUCGGCGCGGUUACACGAGUCAUGCGCUUUAUAGGUGAGUCGGAUUCUGAAGAUAUCCAGAGUCGACACGCCAUUAUGCCUCUAGAAUGGCCGCAAACUGGCGCGGUCGACUUUUUGAACGUGGUUGCUUCGUACGGAUCUCCGGCGACUCCGGUGCUGAGGAAUAUCUCCCUCAGUGUCCGGCCUGGCGAACACAUCGCCAUUUGUGGACGGACCGGAAGCGGCAAGACGUCUCUUGCCCUCUCUCUACUGCAGAUGACCGAUAUACAAGAGGGCCAGAUUGUGGUGGAUGGAAUCGACGCCUCUACAGUUACGCGUGAAGAUCUACGCGCGCGGUUAAAUGUCGUACCGCAGGAUCCCUUUCUCAUGCCGGGAACGAUACGUUUCAAUAUCGACCCAUUCCGUGGCGCCUCAGACCACCAAAUCACUCAAACACUGGUGCGAGUAGGAGUUUGGGACAUGAUUAGAGAUCAAGGCGGAUUGGACAAGGAGAUAGACAUCGCCGCCUGGUCCGCUGGUCAGAAGCAACUCCUAUGUCUUUCCAGAGCCAUGGUAAGGAAAUGUAGGAUCUUGAUACUGGACGAGAUGGCAAGCAGUGUUGAUAGUGAAACGGAGUCCAAAAUCCAAGAGAUCAUCGACACUGAGUUCAAGGACUGUACGGUCCUGGCUGUUAUGCAUCGUCUGAAGCACGUUAUGCGGUACGACUCGGUGGCGCUUUUAAAUGAUGGAGUUCUCCUCGAAUAUGAUCAACCAGCAUCGCUAAUCAAUAGGCCCACGCGAUUCGCAGAAUUAUACAAGUCCAACAUAGGCUGA